UAAACGGACCAACGAGGCCUCCGCAUACUCGACUCCCCCGGAUUCACAAUAUGAAUAGAUCACGACGCCCCCAGCGCACGUUAGUACUGCCCCCUUCACUUCUCGCCCCUUCUCCUUCCGCUCCCUAUUAUAUCUAUCUUACCCCCGCGAAACCCCCUUUUUUCCGUUCGCCAUUGGAAUUCGUCUACACAUCUCCACACUUCUCCUUUCCCCGCCUUGUUCUCCAUUCUUUUUGCUCGAUUUCGCCAAGGGUUCCAUCCGAUUCGAGGCUCUCUUGAUCUUUUUUAGCAUAGAUGGAACAUUCGAUGGAAGACUAUGAGGAUUAUGAUGAAUAUGAAGAUGAUGAUCUAAUUGAUGACGGGGAGGAGGAAUAUGAAGAGGUAGAGGACCCUAAGCCUACCAAGGAAGAAUUAGAAUACCUUGCACUAAGGCAACGGCUGAAAGAAAAAAUUAGAAAGCAGUCAAAAAAAGAUGGUGGAUCUCACUUGAGGUCUAGUUACAAGAAGCUUCCUUAUGACAAUUUUGGUUCAUUCUUUGGACCUUCUCAACCUGUCAUUUCUCAAAGAGUAAUUCAAGAAAGCAAAUCAUUAUUAGAAAACCAGCACUUGGCAUCUAGGGUUUCUGACCACGUUCAUGAUAAUAGGAAGAGUCCAGGUUCAAACAGUGUAGCUUCAAAGCCUAGGGUACCACCAAAAAUCAUAAAUGAGAAGAAAACGAAAGUUCAAACGUUGAAGGACACCAGAGACUACUCCUUUCUAUUUUCCGAGGAUGCAAAUGUUCCUGCUCCUGCAAAGGAGUCCUCAACAAGUGUUUUUGCUCCAAGUACUGAGGCACGUUCAGCUCAUGUUCCCAUUAAAAGUAAACAGCCUCAGGGUAAUCCUCGUCAGAAUCUUCAUGUCAGUCAAAAUGUUAAGAAAUCUGUUCCUAUGAAUGGCCAAAUGCAGUCCAAAAACAAGUCAGUAUCUUCUGGCAAUCCUAAUUUGUCAAUGAUGAAGGCUAAGAGACCAUUGGGUAAUAGCAACAAUGGGAAUGGCCCCGGGCGGCCAAUGGGUAAUAGCAACAACGGGAAUGGCCCCGGGCGGCCAAUGGGUAAUAGCAACAACGGGAAUGGUCCUGGUCGGCCAAUGGGUAAUGGCAGCAAUGGAAAUGGUCCUGGUCGACCUGUGGGUAAUGGCAACAAAGUGAAUGGUCCUGGUCGGCCUGUGGGCAAUAGCAACAAUGGGUAUGGUCCUGGUCGGCAAAUGGUGGCGCCAAAAGCCCCAUCUGCUCUCAUGCAGAAGAAACCUUCUCUACCAACUUCAAAGAGUCCUGUACCUGGUGUGCACAGACCAUUACCAGCCAAAAAGCUUGAAGAUAAGAGGAAUGAGAUGCGACCACCUUCUAAGGCCAAAAUAGCACCAAAUCGGCCAGUCUCAUCAUCGAGACCACAGAUGAGCAAACCACCGCCACAAAGACAGAUUUCAUCUCGUCCAGGUUUGAAUGAACAGCGACCCAAGAAAAGGCCUGCAAGACCAUAUUCUGAUGAGGAGGAUGACGAUGGUGGAGAAGCCAUCAGUCUAAUCAGAAAAAUGUUCGGAUAUAAUCCUGCAAGAUUUUCCGGAGAUGAUGAUGAUAGCGAUAUGGAGGCCAACUUUGAUGAUAUAAUGAUGGAGGAGAAAAGAAGUGCAAAAAUAGCUAGGAAGGAGGAUGAAGAGCAACUUCGUCUGAUCCAAGAAGAAGAAGAACGGGAGAGGCGUGCGAGAAUAAAAAGGCUUAAAAGAGCGAAGGCUUAAAAGAGCAAAGACCAGCAGUUAGUGAUUCUUUGGGAAACUUUAUAUGGGCACAUUUAAUAUUUUUGUUAGUUUGAUGAAUUCAUGGAAGAAGUCCCCCUUCGCUUCAAGUCUCCGAGUUGGUUGUAUUUUCAAUUCACUUAGCACAAAAAGCUGCUGCCAGCUUAAAUUAUGGGGAUUUCCUUUUUGUAGGUUCUCGAAAUUUAAUUUUUAACUUCGCCACAACAACAUUGAAGUCACACCCUGUAUUUACACCGAAGGCUCUAUGGCGACCCAAUUCACCUUCCAUUUCUCAAUAAUAUUCUAC